AUGUUGGUGUUUCUAGUGAUACUGAUCGUUGCAGGUUUUUAUCUUUACCAAAAAUGGCUGUACAAGUAUUGGAAACGAAGAGGAGUAUAUCAGCUAGAGCCUGUGUUUUUGUAUGGAAACUUUAAACCGAUGACAACCGGAAACAUUUCCAUCGCUGAGCUGUUCACAGACAUCUACAAUGAAAUCAAAUCGAACGGUGGGCAGUACGGUGGGUUUUACCAAGCACUUAAACCGGGAUUUAUGCCAGUUAAUCUUGAUAUUAUCAAGGGUAUUCUUCAGAAAGAUUUUAGUCAUUUCAUGAACCAUGGUAACUACACCAAUCCGGAAGUAGAUCCUCUAUCGAAUCAUUUGUUUUCAUUGGAAAGUGAAAAAUGGAGGAAGAUGAGGUCCAAACUUACACCAACCUUUACUACAGGUAAAAUGAAGAUGAUGUUCCCCACUAUGGUGACUUGUACCCAAGGCCUAAACGAAAUCUUAAAAGACCAUGCUCGUAUUCAAGAUGCUGUUGACAUAAAAGAUUUAAUAGCAAGAUUUACCACAGAUAUUAUCGGAUCUGCCGCAUUUGGCAUUGACUGUAAUAGUCUAAAAGACCCAAAUUCCGAAUUUAGACAAUUUGGAAAGAAGGUGUUUGAAAUUACCUCUUGGAGGAGACUAAAACGCCAAAUGUCUACAAAUUUACCUAAGUGGUUUCUGGAUUUUAUUCGCCUGAAGAUGAUCGACCGAGAGCUUGAAGAUUUUUUUAUGGGUAUAGUAAAGAGCACGGUUUCGUUUAGAGAAAAAAAUAAUAUAUAUAGGAGAGACUUCUUGCAUUUAAUGUUGCAGCUUAAGAACAAAGGGAAAGUUACAGAAGAUGAAGAUUUUAAACCUGUGGAUAAAAAAACCAGCGAAAAUGACGACAACUUUUUAAGCUUUAAUGAAGUCGCUGCCCAGUGUUUUGUAUUUUUCCUAGCCGGAUUUGAAACCUCCUCUACUACUAUAUCUUUCGCUUUGUUAGAGUUGUCCAGAAACCCAGAGAUUCAAGAAAAGCUUAGAGAAGAAAUACGAUCUGUUUUAAAACGGCAUAACAACGAAUUUAGUUAUGAUGCUAUUAUGGAAAUGAAAUUGUUGGACAAGGUGGUAAAUGAAACCCUAAGAAUGCAUCCACCAGCUCCAGCUCUUGGAAGAGUCUGUAAUGCCGAUUAUCAAGUUCCCAAUACGGACAUUGUCAUCGAGAAAGGAGUUAGAGUUUUGAUACCAGUCAUAGGUAUUCAUCGAGAUCCCGAUCAUUAUCCUAAUCCUAAUGUAUUUGAUCCGGAGAGAUUCAAUGAGGAAAAUAAAGCAAAACGACAUCAGUUCGCCUUCAUGCCAUUUGGAGAAGGACCUAGGAUGUGUAUUGGUUCACGAUUUGGACUCCUGCAAUCAAAAGUAGGAAUAGCAUCCAUAAUAAAAGAUUUCGCAGUAUCUUUGCAUCAAAAAACGAAACUUCCCAUCAAGUACAGCCCCAAGUCUAUAAUAUCAGCAGUAGAAGGCGACGUGUGGGUAACUGUGCGGUUAGUAGAUUAG